UCUUAUAUGGCAACUUAAUGUCCGAUUUGUUUAUGUUUUUAGAUCGUUUUAAGGUUAAGUUUCCAGUAUGAAUUCUUUAAUUUCGACCGUAAGAAACUUCCGUCAUUAUAUAAAUCGUUUUUUACGAGACACAGUAAGCAGAACUUACCCUUCAGAAGUCCCAGAUUUGUGUAUAAUUACAAAUGGUUGCAAUGGUGGCCUCAUCUCGACAUCAAAAAAGGCAAAUUCAAAAUCCAUUUUAGAUAGUGUAAUUAAUUCUGCUUUUCUGUGGGCUGUACCAAAGCACAGAAGAUCCUUAGAACGUCGUAUGACUCGAAGAAUGGGUUUGGGUAAAUUAUUGCUUCCAAAGAAGAACCUUAUAGUUUGUGAGGCAUGUGGGCAUUUUCAUGCAGUCCAUACUGUGUGUGGUAACUGUUACAACAAAGUAAAACUUGAGACAGAAUUAAUGCAAGAUGCUAUCAUGAAUGAAUUAAAACUGGAUCCUAUUGAUAAAGAAGUUGUAGUUGUGUAUCAGAAUGAACCUAAGGACAGUAAAUAUUAUCAAGGUAAAAGAAUAGUAGAACUACCCAAAACAAGACCAUCGUGGUUUAGCAGAAAUCUUUUAGCUAAAGACAGUGAAAUACCUCGGAAGGGAAUUACAGCUGUAAAACCCAUGAAAAUUUCUUCUGUAACAGAUGACACCAAUAAGUAAUUUCUUCGUUAAAAGUGUAUGAAAAAUAAAGUAUAAAAUUUAUAAUUAGAAACAA